GGACUGACGCGGCUUAUUGCUGGACUCAGGAAAUCAAAGCCAAGGGUGAGCCCUCGAUGCGGUUUAGGUGGCGGCUGCAUUCCCUCCUCUGCAGUGUGCCUUGCCGAGCUUCCCAUUGCAACGUCAGCUUGAAGAAGCAGAGGCACCGCAGCAUCCUCAGCUCCUUCUUCUGCUGCUUCCGGGACUAUAAUGUGGAGGCCCCGCCCGCCAGCAGCCCCAGUGUGCUGCCGCCGCUGGUGGAGGAGAACGGCGGGCUGCCCAAGGGUGACCAGAGGCAGGUCAUUCCCAUACCAAGUCCACCAGCUAAAUACCUCCUGCCCGAGGUGACGGUGCUCGACUAUGGAAAGAAAUGUGUGGUCAUUGAUUUAGAUGAGACGUUGGUGCACAGCUCAUUCAAGCCUAUUAGUAACGCUGAUUUUAUUGUUCCGGUUGAAAUCGAUGGAACGAUACAUCAGGUGUACGUGCUGAAGCGGCCGCACGUGGACGAGUUCCUCCAGAGGAUGGGCCAGCUCUUUGAGUGCGUUCUCUUCACUGCCAGCCUGGCCAAGUACGCAGACCCCGUGGCUGACCUGCUGGACCGCUGGGGUGUGUUCCGGGCCCGGCUCUUCAGAGAAUCCUGUGUUUUCCAUCGAGGGAACUACGUGAAAGACCUGAGUCGCCUGGGACGGGAGCUGAGCAAAGUGAUCAUCGUGGACAAUUCUCCGGCCUCGUACAUCUUCCACCCUGAGAACGCAGUGCCUGUGCAGUCCUGGUUCGAUGACAUGACAGACACGGAGCUGCUGGACCUCAUCCCGUUCUUCGAGGGCCUGAGCCGGGAGGACGACGUGUACAGCAUGCUGCACAGGCUCUGCAAUAGGUAGCCCCGGCCGCCACCCGCCUCCCCUGUGCACUCGGACCCCAGCCCUGGGGACCUGCCCGGCCUCCGCUCCCCGGGAGCCGAAGUGAGGACACGCCGUGCUCCGGGCCACGGGGUGAACGUGGCCAUACCUACCUGUUUUAUUUUUAAAGAACAGAAACAACUAUUUUAAAAUGAACUCUUUUAACGAAUUUCCUAAAGGGACAUGCAUUUUACUGGAUUUGCUUUUCUUAAAACAUACCAAAAAGGGAAAAAAGGAGGAAAAAAGAAAAAAAAGCUUGAUAUCUAUCAGACUUCCUUUCAACUGUCUUCCCUUCCCCGCAGACAACCUGCCUCCUCCUACCCCAGCUCGGAGCAGCUGACCAACUCAGAAUCUCCUUCCUCGAGGAUGAAGUGCCUUUUUGAAUGUUAUUUUAAGCUGAGAGUUAAUUUUUCUAUACAGCAUAUUUCCAGACAUCUUUUAGUCUUUUAUUAUCUCAGAUUCUCUAACAAGAUAAAGAGGACAAUUUUCCAGAACCUGGGGGGGAGCGGGUGACGAGGUAUGGGAGUGAGUCCGGGAGGCUGCCUCCCAGCAGGGGGCAGGGCCAGGCUCCUGGUGGGAGUUUGUGUGACGCGUCAGCGUCUCCGUUCAUGGCCGCCCCCCGUUUGGGAUGGGUCUGCAAUCGUGUGGCCCCACACUUUGGGGAGCAGUGGAUUCUUUUAUAUGAUGAUGAUGUUGGAUGGUGACAGAUGGGUCUUGGGGGGUCACAUUUUUCCCUUGAAAAGGGGGCAUCGUGCCACUCCUGCUUUCACACGACUGCCAUACUUCCGUGUGCUUUGUGUUUGGUGUUUGUGUUGUUGUUUGGGGUAGAGCAGUUCCCCCCAAAAAUCUCAAACCCUUGCAUCUAAGAAAGAAAGAAAUCUGUUGAUUGAUUUUUAAAUCUUUCCUUUCCAAAAGCUGGAUACACAUGGAGCUGUUGGGGAAUGUUCUUUGCUGCUACCGCGCUGCCACCAAAUGGAAUUGACCAGCGGCUGUUGCACUGUUCUUUGCCACUGUGCCUAUGCUCAGACUCCGCUCACUGCUACGCUGCACACUCCACAGGGUCAGGAGCAGGUGUCCCGCCCCGAGGCAGGCUGCACCCCCUGCACCCCUCCCCCGGCACCGGCCAUGGGAACUCAGAAGGGUACAGAGGGGGCCAGCACGCCACCCCAGGGCGGUGCUCAUUCAUUUUUAACUGCAGUCGGCAUCCGACCCUGUGAUAGGCUGCCUGUUCUCUCUUGAGAACCGGUGGCCUCAGCCACCCAGCACGCUGAUGUGGCCCAAGGCCAUCUCUUGGUCUUCUCUCCUGAAGCACAGCCUAUCUCUGAGCCGGGGGUUGGGGAAGCCUGUCUAGAUGUGGGGCUCACCGUCCUGAGUCGGGGAGAGGGGGGCUCCCUCCUCGCGCUGGGGCUCCCUUCGCAGCCUUUCCCAGUGAGAUGUUUCAAGCAGUGCCAUGUUCCUUGUUCGACAACAAGUCUAUAAAGCAUGGCUCUGACACAUCAUUUAUAAAGAACCCUCGCGCAUCGGCACCGGUGCCUUAGUCCUCUCUGUGGGUUGGGCCUCCGCCAGGGUUCUGGUGGGGGCGACGACCGGCACCAACAAGACUGGAAAUGGGGUGUCAGAGUAAAAUUUCUUUUUUGCUGCCAUUCACAAAACAAGGAAGCCAGCUGCCAAUCGCGUCCUCCCGACGGCACUUUGGUCUGUGGCCUGCCCGGCUUUCAGAAGUAAGUAUUCGGGGGUAACCAGGUCUCCCAACAUCCCCGAGUAUUCCGAACCCAGGAAUCCACAUGGCAGUUAAGACAGAAACAACUCCUUGCUAGGCGAGACCACAGAUGAUGACAGGGACGUGGCAGAGCUGCCCGUGCCAUAUACCUUGAUUUGGAAAACUCGUCGUUGAAUGAACCCGCUGCCUUAAAUGUCUUAAAUGUUUCAGUCCAGCAUCUGUCCUGUGUUGAAAUCCCCACAGAACUCGGUCCUGAUGAGUCUCAGGCCCUCCCCUGCGCCCCCUCCUUCGUUGGGCACCACAAGGUUCUUGUUUGGGAGGGCAGAGCGGACAAACUCUAGAAUAUUUCAGGGGAAUAGAACCUAGAAAUAGUGCCAGAUGGAGUGGAGACACUUUACCCAGUGGUUCCUGAAAUCGUGCUUGCCGUGUGCUGGCCCAGGGCGGAGCUGCCGAGGGUAGAGCCGGCUCCUGCCACGCGGACACAGAACGUCUCGGGAGGCCCAGUCCACCCUCCGCGGGUUCUGGAUUCUGUGCACCUUAUUGGACCACACUCCAGAAUCCCAUUUUUAUUUUUAAUCCUUGAUUCUGCUUUAUGUACAUAAUCAAAAUAAAUAUCUAUAUCUAUAUAUAUUUUUAAUCAUCUACCUAUAAAUGAAGCAAUAGAUUUCUAACAUAAGGCCAAGAAAUGAGAUGAAUGUUUGGGGUUUAUGUUUUCUAAGGUAAAUACGGGUAUUGUUUUUAAUUAUUACCUUUUAUUAAAUUGUGGGCUUUAAAAACCAAAUUGAAACCGAUUAGCUAUUUCUCUGUGCCAUAUCCUUCCCAUGGUACCAAAAGAUCCCUAACUCUUUAGCCAAAAGAGAAAUCUGACGACCUGGGUUCCCAUGACUCCUCUGUACCAGGUCAACGUAUAGUCUUCUGGACAAGUAUUUUUUACACUAGGAUCUGGGCCUGGAUACCUUCAGUGGAGAAGUCUGGCCCCUAAGUUGCCAUAUCUCUGGGCCGGGCCUCGAGUGGCGGUGCCCAGGCAUGUCUGAGGUUGUUACUGCUCUGUCUUCCAUUGCUCUGCGAUCCUGCGUGUUGGUCUGUGGUUUCUCCCAUUCGCUGUUUGUCAACAAUACGUUUGAAAACCGGGAAAGAACACCACCCAUCAUGGCUGAUGGUCGGUGGGGAAGCUCCUUUGACGUGGUGCCAUUUCGAUGAGAUGACUUUGGAGGUGACGGGGACGCCCUCAUGACACUGGCUGGUCACGGUUGCAGCAUUCGAACUUUGGGAAUAAAAAAAAAAGAAACCUGUAAGUCUAUAACCUGGCAACGUCUGACAGCAGCCCCGCAUUGUAAAGAUGGCUGAUAAAAUCCAGAACCACACAGCCCUCUGGUCAAACACUCGUGACGUCGGUGCCUCUGCUUUCCACGGUGCUGUUGUGAUGGACAGCGGCAUGCCAGGGCGAGAGGCGCGGACAGCUUGAAGCGCUCGCAGUUAGCGACCUGGGCAAGACCCGCUGGCUGCCUCUGUCCUCAUUGUACUGUAACGUGAUGGUGUCUGUUCCUACUCCAUUCUCCAGGGAGCUUCUCUCAGACGAACACCCUCCCCCCAGUUAGGGGGGAGGCUGGUGUCGGGGUAGCCAUGGGUUUCUGUUGGGCAUUUGAAUGUGAUGAGCAGUCCAGCAUUCCUCGGGGAACACUACAUGUGGAAUGUGCACGUUUCAGGGGUGAGCCUUGUUCGUCAAGGGAUUUGCAAUGAUGUCCUGCCUGCCUGCCAAAAAUAAACACAAAACUGCGC